AUGCCCCGUCGACCGCCGCUCCCCACGCGCCGCAGGAAGGAGCUGAACGACCUCGAGGCGAACCCCGUGGACUUUUGCUGCGGCGGGCCCAAGGGCGACGACCUGCUCGACUGGGGCACCGCGCACGCUUCGCGGCGCGCGCGCGCCGUCGACCCGCGCCCGCACCAGGUGCUGACGGGCCCCGACGGCACGGCCUACGAGGGCGGCGCGUUCCAGCUCGACCUCAAGUUCCCGACCGAGUACCCGUUCAAGCCGCCGAAGAUCAAGUUCGAGACCAAGGUCUACCACCCGAACAUCAAGACGGACACGGGCGAGAUCUGCAACGACGUCCUCGUCUCCAACUGGUCGCCGACGCUCAACGUGCGCUACGUCUACACGACGCUCCACGAGCUGCUCAAGUCGCCGAACGUCGACCACCCGCUCGAGCCCGAGAUCGCGCAGGAGUUCGCGUCCGACCGCGCCACCUUCGACAAGAAGGCCAAGGAGAUGGUCGACAAGCACGCGAGAUAG